UCUGACGCUCGUGAAUGCAUCACACUGGUCUGUGAACGCUGUGCUGUGAAGAUGCACGUUUGAUUUUCCGCUUCAGACAAAGCUUUGCAGUUUCCAGGCUCGCGUCAUCAUCACUGUUUAUUGUUGUGUGUGAAUAACAAGAGACUACAACAGAUAACUCAGCCGAACCUCGGACAAAAUCUUUGGAGUUAAUGUUGUUCAAGGGGUGCAUUUUUGGGCAUAACACCGCCUUCCUUCGGAUGAGCGUCCAUCUGGAGCGGAAGAAGAUCAAAUGUUGCGUCUUCUUGCUGAUGAAGACUCAUUAAAGUCCACAAGAUGGAAGAUUGGGACCCAAGGGAGGAUCAUGCAGAACCUCCAGGACCCAGAUGUCCAUCUGUGAGAAGUGAUUUCUCAAAAGAUAAUCCUCCAGACUUCAGCACAGAACCUCGACCCUCAGAGACAAAAUGUCAGAGCUGCCGAGAGAGAGCAGAACUGCCAGGAUCCAGCUGUCCUUCUAUGAGGAUUGACUGGUCCAAAGAUAUUCCUCCAGACUUCUGCAAUGAACCUGCACCCUCGAACUUAGAAUUGAGGAAGAGGAGCAAACCUCAGCAUGGAGAACGACCCAGAUCUGGUGCUGGACCACAGACAGCCAAUCAGAGCAGCUGUGCAGCAGCAGAUGUUGGUCUGCAGGAGGCUCUAGAGGAACAUAAGAUCAGUCUGAGGAGGAGAUGUGAAUGUGUGCCUGAAGGAAGUGAUGAAACAGGAAGUAGAACUCUCCUCAAUAGCAUCUACACUGAUCUCUACAUCAUAGAGGGACAAAGUGAAGAGGUUAAUACCCAACAUGAGGUGAAGCAGCUGGAGAGAGCUUCCAAGAUCCAGAACCUCCAUGAUUCUCCAAUCAGGUGCCAGGACAUCUUCAAAGCCUUCCCUGACCAACAUGUAGCCAUCAGAGUGGUUCUGACCAACGGCGUUGCUGGUGUUGGAAAAACCUUCUCAGUGCAGAAGUUCACUCUGGACUGGGCAGAGGGCUUGGAGAACCAAGAUGUUAGUGUGGUGGUCCUGCUUUCCUUCAGGGAGCUGAACCUGAUUAGAGAUCAGCAGCACAGUCUUCUCACGCUGCUCCAUGUUUUCCAUCCAACCCUCCAGAAGCUCCCAGCAAAGAAGCUCACUGUCUGGAGGCUUCUCUUCAUCUUUGAUGGCCUGGAUGAAAGCAAACUUUCUCUGGACUUCGACAACAGACCACUUGUUUCUGACGUCACACAGAGGUCAUCAGUCAACGUUCUGCUGAUGAACCUCAUCAAGGGGAAUCUGCUUCCCUCUGCUCUCAUCUGGAUAACUUCCCGACCUGCGGCGGCCUAUCAGAUCCCUCCUUUAUGUGUUUCCAGGGUAACAGAAGUACGAGGCUUCACAGACACCCAGAAGGAAGAGUACUUCAUUAGGAAGUUCAGUGAUGAAGAGGAGAAGGCCAGCAGGAUCAUCUCCCACAUCAAGACCUCCAGGAGCCUCUUCAUCAUGUGUGGGAUCCCAGUGUUCUGCUGGAUCACUGCUACGGUUCUGGAGAACCUGUUGACCACAGAGCAGAGAGGAGAGCUGCCCACGACUAUGACUGACAUGUACUCACACUUCCUGUUGGUCCAGACCAAGAGGAAGAAGAACAAGUACCAUGAAGUACAUGAGACGACUCCACAGGAGCUGAUGGAGGCUGACAGGGAAGUUCUUCUGAAGCUGGGGAGGCUGGCCUUGGAACAUCUGGAGAAAGGAAACAUCAUGUUCUACCAAGAAGAUCUAGAGCAGUGUGGUCUGGAUGUCACAGAUGCCUCUGUGUUCUCAGGAGUUUGUACAGAGAUCUUCAAAAGAGAGAGUGUGAUCUUGCAGAAACCAGUCUACUGCUUUGUUCAUCUGAGUGUCCAGGAGUUUCUGGCUGCAGUUUACAUGCUCCACUGCUUCACCAGCAGGAACACAGAGGUGGUGAAGAACUUCUUGAGAGGUUACUACAAUGAGGCAUCUCUGGAGGACUUCAUGGAGAGAAUCAUGAAGAAAUCUCUCAGCAGUAUAAAUGGCCACCUUGACCUUUUUGUCCGCUUCCUUCAUGGCCUGACUGUGGAGUCUAACCAGAGACUCUUUGGAGGCCUACUGGGUCAAACCGAGAAUAUGUCAGAAACCAUCAAGAGAAUCAUCAAUAACCUGAAAAAGAGGAACACAGAUGAUAUCUCCUCAGAUAGAAGCAUCAAUAUCUUCUACUGUCUGAUGGAGAUGAAGGACCUCUCAGUUUAUCAGGAGAUCCAACACUUCCUAAAAUCAAAGAAAAGCUCAGAAAAGAGUCUCUCAGAGAUCCAAUGCUCAGCUCUGGCCUACAUGCUGCUGAUGUCCAAUGACAUUCUCGAUGAGUUGGACUUGGUGAAGUACAACACAUCAGAAGGAGGGCGACAGAGAUUGAUCCCAGCUGUGAGGAACUGCAGAAAGGCACGACUUGGUGGCUGUAGACUUUCAAGUGUUGACUGUGAAAUUGUGGCCUCAGCUCUGAAGUCCAAUCUUGAUCUGACUGAUCUGGAAAUAGAUCAGAUCGAUGGACGAGGAUCAUUUGGAGACUCUGGAAUGAAGCAUCUGUGUGAGAUACUUGAGAGUUCAAUCUGCAAAGUGAAGAGACUAAGAUUGAAUUACUGCAACUUGUCAGAAACCAGCUGUGCAUCUCUGGUCUCAGCUCUGAAGUCUAACCCCUACAACCUGACAGAACUGGACUUGAGUGGGAAUGACCUGAAAGAUACUGGACUAGCAGAGCUUUGUGGUUUUCUCCAGACAUCCAUUUGCAAACUACAGAUAUUGAGAUUGGAACGCUGCAAGUUGUCAGAGAUCAGCUGUGCUUCUCUGGGCUCAGCUCUGAAGUCCAACCCCUCCCAUUUGACAGAACUGGAUCUAAGUGAGAACAACCUGAAAGAUGGUGGAGUGAAGCAGCUCUGUGGUUUUCUCCAAUCUCCCCUCUCCAAACUACAGACAUUAAGAUUGAUUGGAUGCGGUUUUUCAGAGAUCAGCUGUGCUUCUCUCAGCUCAGCUCUGAAUACCAACCCCUCCCAUCUGACAGAGCUGAACCUGAGUAGGAACGAAGACCUAAAAGAUGAUGGAGUGAAGCAGCUCUGUGGUUUUUUCCAGUCUCCCCACUGCAAACUACAGACAUUAAAAUUGAGGAACUGCAGUUUGUCAGAGAUCAGCUGUGCGUAUUUGGCCUCAGCCCUGAAGUCUAACCCCUCCCAUCUGACACAAAUGGACCUGACCUGGAACAACCUGAAGUCAGAUGUUCAGCAGCUGGAAGAUCUCGUAAAGAGUCCAGACUACAAACUGGAGACACUGUGGUGGGAGGACAUGACCAUCGUUGUGGGGAAGAGAAGCUGAUCUAUGUCCUGAAGAUCUACAAAGGAGUCUGAAUUUAUAGUCUGAAUGGAUCCUGUUAAUAUAUACCGAGUUCAGAUAUUUUAAGACUGUUUAAGACUAUGGAAGCAAAAUGUGUCAGAUUUCAUUUCUAUUUAAGUUUGAGUGUUUGUGCUUAGAUUUUCAGAGUUAAAAUAUAUAUCCAAUAAAUUCAGAUUUCAACUUUCCAUUUAUUUUCAACUUAAGAUAACAAAAAUCCCUUCAUUGUUUCAAAGCGAGAAUAUUUUCAAUAGCUAUAGAUUUCAGUUUAUAACUUGGAUAAAAGCGUCAACCUUUGAAAUUUAAAUGCAAUAUUUUCAGUGCACUGUGACAAAACUCAUUUCUCUGUGUCAGUGUCUGACAUGCAGUGUAAGAACAGCAAGGUCACCUCUGUCACCGACUUCAGCAGAAGACGCCAAAGCAGUUAGAUGGACUUAAUAAUGUUACAUGUAUUAGUUUGUCUGUAAAAACAUCCCUGUUGUCUGUAAGACGAUGGCUGAAAAUGAAGGAAGAUUAUUUUUUGUCCCUAA